AUGACUGAACCAUUUGUCUCUCGCGAGCUAUCCUUCCGAAGGAGGGACCGCUCCGGCUUUGUGGUUUCGGUGAGGCUAGGAUCGGGCCUGGGCCGUAUGAUUAUCUUGCCAUGCCGUGCCUAUGCCAUAUUGCACGUCGGAGAUAAUGCUCGAGGUGCCGUGAGCUAUCCGGUUGAUAUUGUUGUGUUGGGCUUGCGGUGCGUUUGGUCCGCAUGUGAUCUCCUUCGUCUGAAGAGACUUUUCAGUGCUGAUCACACUGCCGAAGAUUUGUAUGAAGCAGCCCAUCUUGCGGGGUCGAUUGCUGUGCUGGGUCUGCCGCCUGCUGCAUUUCUGGCGCUUAAUCCUGAGGUGGUGGCUCACUUCUAG